AUGGUCGUUGCUGCUGUACUCAUCAUCCGGAGAUACUGCUUCCCAGUCAACCAGGCGACAUACAGAUACUCCGUGCUGAGAGGGAUGGAGGAGCAGGGAUCAGCCGGGACAGAGGGCGACCAGGGGUCUCACACAGCGGGGGAGGACUCAGACGAGGUCAGAUAUGAUGACACUUAUCGAAGGGAACUUAAUAUGAAUGAAGGGUUUGGUUCUUCAAAGUCAAAGUGCGGCGUCUCCAAAGCCUGUCCACCGGGUCACUAUGUUUUUCGUAUCCGGAGUGGAGCCGCUAAUACAGUCGGGCCAAAGAUCUGUUUUGAGGGUAAAACUAUCAUGAGCACGGUGCAGAAUAACGUGGGAGGAGGACUGGACAUCGUGGUGGUAAAUGGUAAAAGUGGAGUUGUGGAGAACGCUCGCAUUCUUAAUGGAAGCCCACAAGAAACCCUGUCAUUCCUAAAUAACAUUAAACCUGGGAUGAUUGUUUUGGUGGCCUCAUUUGAUAAUGCAAACGGAAUGACGAAUGAAAUCAGGAACAUAUUCUCCGGAAUGGGGAGCUCCAAGGCCAGGUCGAUCAAAUUUCGGGACAACUGGGCGUUUGCAGUGAGAACAGGGCUGGAAAGCACACUGCACUUUGAGAAGAUAACUGUUACUGAUGAGCAGACCAACCUUUAUGAGGGAUGGCCAGAAACGGCGGAGGUGGAAGGCUGCUUCUCAAGUAUUGUUGGACAAGCAAACCUGGGUGAAGUCUGAUCGGAUGAACGGCAGGAAAAUACUUUUGUAUUGGACUUUUAAGACCAUUGUGAUGCCACUCAAAUGUUUUACCCUCUUUCUCAAACUUUAAAUUUUAAACUUAGGGUGGCUGUGGCUGCGGGGUUGAGCGGUCGUCCUCCAACCAGAAGGUCGGCAGUUCAAUCCCCAGUCUUUCCCAUCUGCACGCCGAAGUGCCUUCGUGCAAGAUACUGAACCCCUAAAUAACCUCAGAUGUUAAAUACACUAGUUGUUAGUUGCUCUUAUCCAAAUGAAGUGUAAUGUAAUGUAACAGAUCUCUGCUCCGCUGCAUCUGACAUGUCUCUUAUAUUGUUGUUGAGUUCUUCUCCAAUGACCCUGAAGAUUUUGGAGAGCUCUGAAUCUUUUUAUUGAAUUACUUAUUUAUUUAAAAAGUAAAAGAACUGUUUGCUAUCAUCAGCAAAAAGUGCCCCCCGCCCCAACUCUGUGCACUCUAUUUAUGCCUGCCACUGUUUUCUCUUUCCUCCUAAAGGCAGAGAAUUCUUGAACCAAAUGCAAACAAAUUCUUUAAAAAAGACAGGCCCUGGCAGCACUGUGGAGGGUCUUGUGCCUCUGAGACUGUUUAUCCCAUCACGUCCUAUUAAUUCUUCUCCGCACAGUCUCCAGAGUGUGAGAUUUAGCCAAACAGCAGGACUCUCAGCUCAUCAGCCAAACAGCAGCAGACUUAGACUUGUCGUCUCAAAUGCCUCAUGUCGUUCGCAUUUCAACCGCCGUUUGCUGUUUUCGAGCUCGGAUGAAUAGAGAUGAAACUUUUAUACAAUUAUCACGUUUUUGCAACUAAUGCAAAUGCAACAUCGAGACGUUGUCGUCCUGCUGAGAGCACAGAUUAUAGUUCAACACGACAUAAUCAUACAGGUAAAAAUAGAAGAAAACGACUGAGCCUGUUUUUUUAAUCAGCGGGGGAAUAAUUCCUGUUUGACAACUGUUAAUGCUUCGGCAAAUGCGUCACUCAGUGGGAGUAGAAAUUAUGCUGUGAUUAAUGAGAUUUGUUAUUUGUCAGCUUUGUGUUGAAAAUGAAUUGUUAGCCCUGCAUCACACUACAUGACACAAAGCACAACGUGUUAUCUCCUUUCAGUGAGACAUACCUGACUGGGACUGAUAAGAAACCUUAAAAUAUUCAGCGUGGCAUGUUGAUUUCUGUGUCAGUACAAUGAUCGGUCAAAUAUUGAUAUUGUGAGCAAAAGGUGCAAGAAUAAGAAAAGGGUAAUCAGAAGUCCUGAUGUUCUACGAUACUUUAAUUAGUCAGAAAUAAAAUGUGCGCUGGUGAAUUUCAAAUAAAAUGUUCCCCCUGAAAGC